AUGUAUAAGAGGCGGUGGGUAGGGGUCAUCGCCAUUAUGAUCCUGAAUAUCGUGGCAGGGAUGUCGUUGGUGUGGUUCGGGCCGAUCGCGGAUGACACUGUCGACGAGUUUGGCUGGACACUUGACCAGGUUAACUGGCUCGGCAAUUGCGUCAACGUCGUGUACCUACCCUGCGCGGCCGUCGUGCCGUGGUUGUACUCUAAGCUCGGGCUGAGGCGAACAUGCUAUAUCGGGGCGCUCAUUUUCUUGGCAUCCGCGUGGAUACGGUACGCGGGGACGGCGGAUGGGCUGAGCACGGGUGGGAGCUAUGCGUUAGUCAUCGUUGGACAGAUACUUUCGGGCGUCGUCCAGCCCAUUUUCCAGGUGCUCAUCCCCGGCUACUCGGAGAAGUGGUUCGACCUGCGCCAGCGUACAACCGCGACGAUGCUCAUGUCAAUAGCGAACCCAAUCGGCGUGGCGGUAGGCCAACUUAUCUCACCCUUGAUCGGUACUCCGCGUGCAGGGCUCCUCGUCCUCGCGAUUAUCUACAGCGCAUCCCUCCCAUGUGUCUUCUUUGUCUCCGAUGCGCCGCCCACGCCGCCGACCCGUGCUGCGACUCAGCGGAAUCCGUCGUUCGCCAGCCUCGCGCGCGCAAUGCUCGGGCGCGAGCCGGUGGACCAGCCUACGUACAUGACGGUGCGCCAGCGGAUGGAUUUCGCGAUUCUGACAUUGGUGUUUGGGGUGCUCGUCGCUGCAGUCAGCGCGUUCUCAAUCUUGAGCGCGCAGGAUCUCGAGCCGUUCGGGUACUCGGACGACCUUGCGGGCCUGAUGGGCGCGACACUUCUCCUUGUGGGCAUCGUUACGACCGCGGUGACCGCGCCGCUCUUUGAUCGCGUCUUCACGCACCACCUCGCACUCACGAUCAAGGUGCUCUGCCCCAUCCUCGGAGGGGCGUGGCUGGCACUGGUUUGGGCUGUACACGAGGGGGACACGGGCGGGCUGUUUGCGUUGAUGGCCGUCAUUGGCGGGACGAGCCUGACGAUGCUGCCCGUUGCGAUCGAGCUUGCGGUCGAGGCGACGCGCAACGCGGACGCGAGCUCUGCGCUCCUCUGGGCAUCCUCGAAUCUGUUCGGCGUUAUCUUCGUGCUCGCGGAAGGCGCGCUGCGCGCAGGCCCCGACGCCGAUCCGCCGAAUAACAUGCGCAGCGCACUCAUCUUUCAGGGCGCUUUCGUCCUCGGUACCGUCUCGCUCGUCUACCUCAUUGAGGGCAGGCAGACGCGCCGUGCCGCAGACGAGCAGGCGCACGCGCGGCUCCGCCAGCAUGAAAUGGCCGAGACCCCGCGGCCUCCGCGCUCGCCAGCCUCGAUGAAGUCGCUGAGUUCACUAAAGGAGGCGGUAUUUACGACGGAGGAUACAGCUGCACUGUAA